AUGUUCCACCCACACCCCGAGGAACACCUCCACCUGCGCCUUCACAGAGCGCGAUCCGUGGUCCUGACUUCUCAGGAGCUUGUGGAAAUCCGCGCGGCGCAACGCACCUUUGAAGGCGCCUACGUGCGUACUGCUCUCGGGCAAUUCUCCUUUGCGCUGGUCAUUGUCAAGAUUUUCACCGAGGAGUUCUACGCCAUUGGUGCUCUGUUUGCCGUGUACGGCGUGGCCGUGUUGCUCGUGGCCGCGUACCGACGCUAUCAGGGCAAUCGGCAGUUCUUCACUGCUGAAUCCUCUGGUGGCACCAUUCACAGAAAGUUCAAAACUAGCGGUGAUACGGUCUUGCUCAUGACGGCGCUGAGCUUAGGGGCCUACACCACCCUUUUUGUGCUGACCUGGCGCUUGGUUUCAUGA